GGUUGCUUCAUGCUUGUUUGGUCUCUAUAAAUACAAGCCUUUCUUUCAAUCUUCUUCUACUUGCUUGCUUACCAACACCAGACAUAAAACAACAACAAGUCUGAAUUUCAAAUCUAGAGAGCAAAGAACAUGAGCAGCAGUUACACAACUAGUGAUGAAAUAGUAGGAAUGGAUGAUCAAAAUCAAAUGUUACUAUUUUCUCAACAAUUCUAUCCAGACUCUUACAACCAAUUGAUUCCACAAGAAAUCAAACUGGAAUCAUCGGAAACAAAACCAAAGAGAAGAAGAAGAAAGAAUAAAGGAGGAGAUGUGUUAAGUAGUGAAGACAUCAAAGUUGGUAAUAGUUUAAUGAAGAAGAGGAAAUUAACUGAUUUACAAGUGACUUUGCUGGAACAAAAUUUUGGUGAUGAGCAUAAAUUAGAGUCUGAAAGGAAAGAUAAGCUUGCUGCUGAAUUAGGGUUGGAUCCUAGACAAGUUGCCGUGUGGUUCCAGAACCGAAGAGCUAGAUGGAAGAACAAGAAACUUGAAGAAGAGUACUCCAAGCUCAAGUCUUCACACGAUAAUGUCAUCCUUCAAAAGUGCCAUCUUGAAGCAGAGGUUUUGCAAUUGAAGGAGAGACUGUCUGAAACUGAAAAGGAACUACUCAGGGUGACGGAGCAAUUUGACGGAGUUUCGAUUUGUAGUCCUAAUUCAUCUUUUUCAGUGGACGUUGAGCAACACUAUCUUGGUGGAGAGUUUAAUAUGGUGGAAGCAGGAUUUGACAGUCUUCUCUACAUUCCUGAAAACAAUUGGGUGAAUCUGUAUGGAUUUUAGAAUUUGUAACUAGAAUGUAAGUAGUUAAUCAUGUAAAUAUUUGAUCUUAGACGUAAAUUAACAGUCUAGUUGUUUAAAGUUUUUAGGUUGUAUUUCUGUUAAUCAAAUAAUCAAUUAGAUUGGUGGGACUUAGUAGCUGGUUCUGUUUUGCCUCA